UUUACGAUCCGGAUGGCGGACGGCUAAUGCUAAGCACGCAGAGAGUAAGCUUCAUCGACAUCGUAUUACAACCACUUUGCUCUCCACAAAUGGCGUCUCAGAUACCCAUAACCGUCAGGGCCCAGCCUGCGGCCGCCAGCGCUGCCUCUCUCCGCGGGAAGAAGCGUCCCGGCAGUCCGGCGGUUUGUGGCGCUCCGCAGGCUGCCGGCAGCAGCGGCAAGAAAAAGAAAGGACAGACGGCAGCGACACCAGCAACACUGACUCAGGUAACAGCGGUGGAGUCGGUGGCUGAGGUGAAGGCGGCGGGGCCACCUGACAGCGCUCCGGCUGCCACCACAGAGUCUACGGCAAAGCCUCCACCCUUCAAAGACCCCACUUUUAUGCACUCUGGGAUUGGUGGAGCAGCAGCAGGUAAGAAGAACAGGACCUGGAAGAAUCUCAAGCAGAUUCUGGCUCUGGAGCGGGCUUUACCCUGGAAGCUCAACGAUCCCAACUACUACAACAUUGACGCCCCUCCCACCUUGAAGCCAACUAAGAAAUACUCUGACAUCUCAGGACUCCCUGCGAACUACACAGACCCACAGACAAAGCUACGCUUCACAUCCUCUGAGGAGUUCUCCUACAUCCGCCUCCUCCCCACUGAUGUUGUUACCGGCUACCUGGCCCUUCGAAAGGCAACUUGCAUCGUACCCUGACAGCUGAGCAAGGCUUGAAACCUGAAACUGGUUCAAACCAGAACUGAACUCAUGUCAGUGUAGGAAGCUGUUGGAGCACAGGCUGCUCACUGAGACAACAAAGCUUUGAGCCCCUCUGAAAGGACAGCCGCUGGAGCUCACAGGCUGACCUUUGCUGUCUUUAAAAAGACAAUCUAAGUCUAAUUGUUUACUGUGUGUAUUCAGAAAGUGUUUAUUCAGAAAUCAACAGUAACAUUAUUUAGCUGAUUUGUUUUAAUACAUCUCCUAGACUCCCUGAGUGUAAACCCGGGAGAAAGUUUGGCAGCUUGGCACAGACGCUCUCCUGCUAAAUCCUUGGGGGACAUACAGUUGUUUCUCAAGCACUGAAUACAAGCAUUACUGCUAGGAUGCCCCCUGUGGCAGAACAUCUGGUUUCCAGUGGUGUAAAUUUAGCCAAGUUUGGGUAAAGAAACGUUGAAGGAGUUUGUCCAUGUCAGAUGGACUGUUGGUUACUUUUUUAGAAGAGGCCCAUUAAUGCUCACUUGAAUUUAUUUGGUGUUAAGUCUCUUUCAUCUGCGUUUUUUUAUAUGCUUCUGGGUAUAAACAAACAUUUUCUCUGUUGAGACACAAAAUUGCUGCCUGAAAUUUGUUUCAAUCUCUGAUAUUGUAACCUUUCAUCAUACUUGCUGGACAUUUACACAAAACACUCCUUUUGAAAACGAGUGCCUUAAACUGAAACUUCCAUACCUGCUGCUUCACGUGGCUGUUUCUUGGACCUUCUGUUAUAUGCAGUAACCUGCAUGCACGUAAUCUAUGCAAAUGUGGCUGAGCCAAGAGUCACAUGGGCCAUAUGUAAAUGCAGAAUUGGUUCCACAUGGUUUUAAUUCCACAGCAGCACUUGAUAUACGAUUUGGUCUUGGACUGGUAGAAUGAGAAUGUCUCAUUAAUCACACACGGCAGGCAUCCAGGGUGAUUUCCAUGGUAUAUUUUCCGCUAUUUUUCACAAACUUGAUGAAUGAGGACCAGUGCGUUUCUCAUGUGAAUGAUUCUUAUAAUGCAAACUUGGAAUAAAGGCACCAGCACAGUCACCGAGGAUCAGGAGCUUGAGUAAAAAUCGAACCUAGCUAACAAGUACGGCCUGUGAAGCAAAAGCCUUCCGCUGUACAGUUUUCCCCUCUGUGCCAUAACAUCCCCAAGUCUAUGAAAAACACAUGAGUGACACUGUAGCAUUGGAUGACAUAAUGGAGAAACACAAAUCUAAUUGUAUUUCUGCAAACGGUCAGUCUUGCUCACGGCUGAGUGCGGCUCCUCCCAGCUCGUUAGCGACGCUGAUGGAGGCAGUAUAGUAUAUCUAUGAGAGUCAGACCAGCAUUUCCAUUCCUGCUGUGGCAUCAAAACCUCAACAUAGUGAUUAAUGAACGGUGCCAGGGCUUUCUGCUACCCAAGCACACAACCCACUAGAGUGUGUCUGUCCGUGUGUGUGUGUGUGUAUGUGUAUGUGUAAGUGUGUGUAUGCUCUUGGGUUUUGGGGCAUCUUUGCCACCUUUGUCCACCCGAGAAAGAAUAGAGUGGUAGUGUUAGUUGGUCUCUUUGUGGUUAGGGCUGUGUUUAAAGUCAGGAUCAAGUUAGAAUUGUAGCUACAUGAGUGUCUCUAUAUUAAUAUUCAUCACAUAUGUCUGCUCCCCUGAGUCUGCCUACUCCAAAAUGAAUGGAAACACGGUGUAACAUGCAGUGUGGCCAAUAAAUCCUGCAGGUGCACCUGUCUUUGCAGUCCCACUUUGUCACCACCUGGGUGUGCCAGAGCUCUGCUCACUGCGCCACCUUGCCCUGUGUAUGUGUUUGGUGUCUCAGUCCAGCAGUGAGUCAAGUCAGGUCACAUGAGAGUGUCCAUUUCUAAGCAAAGUCUGGGAUUUGUCCACUUGUUGAUGCAGCUCUGCCUGUCUUCCACACAUCAGCAGGUGAUUAAUAAAAACUACCAACUACUGAAAGGCUGUCGUAAAUCAAGUGAACAGGCUGAAUAGAAAUCUAAUUAAUAUAAUUGACAUCAUAAACA